GGGAGCCGCAGCCACAUAAUAUGGCGGAUACUCUUGAAAGCGAAUUGGGUCAGUCUGCUGAGCAGCAAGCAGAACUGCUGUUGACCUUCAAAAAUGGCGGCUUCUCUUCAUCCUCUUCCUCUUCCUCCUCCUCAGCCUUUUCUCAGCCACAGGAAUCACAGCAGGUACAAGUACAGGAUUUUUCUCCUCUAUCUGCUCUUGGACUACAUAGAGUGGGGGAAGACCGACCAUCCCCCUCCAAAGAACCAAGCAUUCAGUUAAAUCGCAGAGGCAUGCCUGCUCGGAUGAGAAAGAAGAAUCGUUUGUACUUUGACGAUGAUUUGGUGAGUUCCCCAACACAAGUCAAAUCUCCCAAGAAGACUCCCCGAGGCACACCCAAAAAGCAGUCAAACCCACAGCCUCUUCCACUUGCUCCGGUUAAGUUGGGUGACGGCCUCAGUGGGAUCCAGUACCCUCCUGUCUUGACCACGGAGCCGCAGACAAUCACAACCCCGGACAAGAAGGUGGCUCAACAGAAUGGUGUUAGGCUUCGGAAUUUUCUCAAACUUCCUCAGGCUCACAAAUGGGUUUACUUCGAGUGGUUUUACUCUAAUAUAGAUAAACCAUUAUUUGGAGGAGAGAAUGACUUCCAGAUAGUAUUAAAAGAAGCAUUUCCAGAACUUCGGACUCGUAAACUGACACGGCGACAGUGGGGGAUGAUCCGCCGCAUGAUGGGUAAACCAAGACGUUGUUCUCAGGCAUUUUUCCAAGAGGAGUGUCAGUCCUUAGACAAGAAGCGUCAUGUGUUGCGGUUAUUACAACAGAGAAAGAUAACAGACAUCUCUACAUUGAAGGACUUCCCACUGCCUGAUCAGAUCCCCAUGCAACUGGUCAUCGGUACUAAGGUUACUGCUCGAAUAAGAAAACCAGAGAAUGGAUUAUACACUGGUGUAAUUGAUGCCGUAGACACUUCAGACAAUACUUACAGGAUAACGUUUGACCGCCAUGGCAUUGGUACACACUCCAUCCCUGAUUAUGAAGUUUUGUCAAGUGAAGUGGCGGAAAUCAUGCCUCUAUCAAGUUUCUCCCAGAAGUUCCGUCCACGCCCUCCCUUGGGCAUGGUCACCCCUCCUCGACCACUGCUACCCAAGCUGGAACCAGGCUGUAUGGGAGGCGACAGUCCAGCACUCUCACUUACCAACGACCCCAUCUUGGCACAGUCUCCUCUGAAGACAACCAAGAUCUCAUUGGAUGAUACCCUUGGGGGUUUCCCAGUGAAAUGUCUCGUACAAAUUGUACAACUUUCAAAAAUACUUAGAGCAAAACGGGAAAAAAUAGGCGCCUUACGUGACAUGAACGGGCAAGCAGAGAAGCAACGAAGCUACGGUCAAGAGUUGAAUGUAGAGUUUCAACGUAAAUAUGCAGGAUUAGUUCUAGAGAUUGAGAAGCUAAACCGUGACCUGAAUCAACACCUCCUCGCAGUCCAACAGUUCUGCCAAGAGAUUUCUCCUGAACAGUCGGGUCCUACCUUACUGCCCAGUCAGAUACGAGAACGGUGCUACGAGGAAGCGGCCACCAUCGUGGAUGUAACCAACCAUUCAAGUGGGUCUCCACAGGUGUCUAGCCCAGCCAUCCUUGACCUCAUCACCAAGCUCACUUCACUCAUGCUACAGAUGAAGAAUCUUGCAGAAACAGAAGUCAGUGCCUUUGAACUAACAUCACUACAGGAGACACUUAAUGAAAUACGAAGCUCUUUAGAUGAGUCCAAUAAGGUGGCCUUUCAGAACAACAUAGAAGUUCACCUCACUCACAUAAUGUCUGCCGUGUCUCAGAUGGGGACUCUUCAAGCCUUCAACAAUCAUAAUGGAACUCCAGUAUAGAAAAGUUCUUUAAGGUAUAGUAGAAAAUAUGGUGAAUGUUUUCCUUUUCAAGAAUUAUGUGGUCAGGAUGUUUAAUUAAUUAAAUAAUUGCUUAUAAAAUCUGUUUCUAGCGUCCACUGGGGUGUGAAAGGGUCCGUCACUGCUCGCAUUAACCAUCUGUAUGCACAUUUCUGCUGCCGUCUUGAAAUGGUAAUGCUAUUCCAUUUCCCUGUAGAUAAUUUUGUUCAAGUCUGGCACUUGAACCACAGGGGCUCAUAGACUGGUCACUCAUCAGAAUUGCUAUGUCCAUGAUGUGAAUUUAAUUUCAUCUACGGUUAUUGUUAUGUAGAUAGCAAAUUUGUCAAUUUUUAUGUACAGUAUAUAAAUAUAUAUAAAUAUAUAUAUAUAGUAUAUAUAUAUAUAUAAAUAUCGAUGCAAUGUUAUAUAAAGAUCCCAAGAGGUCUCGGCAGUUUACCAUGAGACUCUUUAACAAGGAAAUACUGUAAUUUAAAUAAAUGUGAGAUGCUUGAAGUUGUAACAAGUGAGAAGGCAAGAUGGUCUUUUGUUGUAAGGAAAUGGAACGUGGUGAAACUGUACCAUGAUUAGGCCAUGUAAAAAAAAAUAUAUGGUUCUUGGGUAAUUCAUUCUCAAGAAGCAGUGCAGAAUUUUUAAAUUUUGUUUUAUUGUACAAGCUGAGAUUAUAAACCUUUAAUUUUUAUUCUUGGAUACUAUUGGUUAUUUCUCAUCAAACUGAUUAAAAACAUUUGGAGGCUUUUGAAUUUACAUACUUGAAUACGUACAAUAUAAAUGCGUUACUGUCACCUUCGUAUUAUAGUGAUUAAUAAAUAUAACCCCCCCCCCCCUCCCUCCCAUGUUCAGUAUAAUAGCUUUAAUGUCCACCAUUUUAUACAGAAUAAUUUUCCUCCAAAUUCAGUCAAAAAUCAAGUCUGGGAAACUCAAAUUGAUGGUAAACAAGGACUUAAUAUUAUUUUUGAGGUGAAAGAAUUGAUCCAGCAGCAGGUGCCGUAGCUGUGUCUUAAGAACCAUAUUUUCUUUACAUGGCUUAAGAGGGUAUUGUGUAUACAUUGCUUUAUACUGUAUCUCUUAGGUUGCACUCCUCACCAUAAAAGGCAACAAAUGCCAAAGAAAUUUUUUCUUCUGAAAUAUGGUAGACCUAUACUAUAUAGACUUGUUUUCUAAUUUGGAUGUUUUUAGAAAUAAUUUUGGUUUUUUAAUUAAAGAUCAGUUAAAAAUUACUGAAAAAAGGAAGAUAUAAGCAUAUACAGUACUGUAAUUGGCUCAGUUUCUUGUGUGUGUAUUGGUACUCUGAGGCAUCAAUGUAGCUAUUGUAUUAGUUUAUUCAUACAUAAUUUUGAUUGUCAUUCUGAAAAGACACACCUCCCUAGUUUAUAUUCUUUAAGGAUGGGCAACUUACAUACCAGUUGGUGAAACUUAAAAUUUCUAUUUAAUUAUUAUUUUUAAAUAAAAAAUUUAAGUAGUGGUAUAUAAAUAAUUUGUAAUUGUGAAUUACAGUGCAGUAUUACUAAUUUCUGGGAUAUUUUUGGGACACUUCUUGCACAUUCUUUCCUUGUGUUACUGUAUUGUGUGUACUACUACUGCUCACUCUCUGUUUCCUUGCACACUUAAGCUUUUGGGUUUUAAAACAUGUGAACCAUCACCAUAAUUUAAAUCUAGUACCUUUUCAUAAAGUGAAAUGGAUGUGUGAGAAGCCCACUAAUAGUAAAUAUACAGGGAAGCAAACACUAUGACAUUGUCUUAUGCAGUAUUUCACAUCAUUCUCUAUAAUUACCUAUUGGAAUACCAACUUGGUGUGUGCCUUCUUGAGUUAAUAAGUAAUUUCAGUGGUAACACGAAAUGGCUUUUACAAGAUAAUUUAGCACAAAAUUAAUCACUGUCAAAAACAGAUAAUCCUAAGUUGUAUAUUAUGAUUAGGAGCAUAAUUCAGGUAUACCUUGUACCUGGAAUGAGUCAUAAUCAUAAUAUAGUACCCUGUACUGUAUUGUAAUCUUGAUGGUAUGAACCUAGACUAAUUUUGUUAACUUCCGCUAAACACCAAAAAUGGAGUAAAUCAAUACUUCUCGUGUCAAGUGAAGUACAGUAGUGGUGACAUUGCAGCCCAACAUACCUGCUGAACCAUGUAUUACACCAUCACUUGCCAGCCAGAAGAUGGCUCUCAACAAAACCUAAGAAAGAGAUGUUAUCAAGUAAAUGGUAGUUUUGUAAUCAAGAUUGUAUGAGCCUGAAAUGCAGCCCCUUUAUUUUUAUGUUCCCAAAGUAUACCUGCUUCUUGACCAUCAACACCUGAUCUACCACAUUGUAAUGUUGAUCCAUCAUAUGUGCUUAGUGAACUACCAUCCCUAUAAUGCAUUUUACAUGGUUUCAGAAUUAUUUUAAAUCAUUACUUCUAUGUGAUGAGACUCGAGUCACCACAUAUCAACAGGGGCUAUCCAGUAGCUUUAUUCUGUUUCUAUUUGGUACGUUACUCAAUUACAAAAUAAAAUACAUUGCGAAAUAUCAUUCAAUCAGUAUGCUCCAUUAGAGUAACCUAUGGCUGAAGCUCUACUGAAUGGGAAUUAGAACAGGCAGUGAAUUUGAGUCCAUUAUAUUAGAAAUGAAUGAAAAUGAUUGUCAUCAAGAUUGCUUGGAUGAUGUAUUUACAAUUUUACCAAUAGGAAGAUUUUUUAAUCAACCCACAGCAUCUACAAGUCUAUGGCUGUAUUGCUAGAUAUCAGGUGGAGUUCAGCAAACAAGUUCUCAGUGAAUUAAGUACACAUAUAGGUUAGGUUUUGUUCUUUGUUAUAAUUAUUUUUAAAUGUAGGUAGUUGACACACUUACACACACUUAGGUAGUCCUUGUUUAUCAUAGUUUCAAUUUAUUGCAAUUUAUUUUUAUGGCAAUAAUGUAAUUAAUUUUUUUUUAACAAUAUAUGUCAAGUAUAUUCAGUUGAGCACCAAACAGCAAAAACCUUCUAGAUGUGCAGAGAUGCAUUUUAACUGCUGUGUGUGGCAUGGCAGUCUGGUACAUGCAUCUCAAUAAAAUAUUCAUUACCACAACUGUUAUGUCUUCUUACAUAUAUUACAUGCUUAUUGUUUUAAUGUCAUCAUAGUGGUAAAAGUGGGUGUAAAUGGUGGUGGUGGUGGGGUGGUCACUUGACUGAGGGAAUGAACACACUCACACACGUCUCAUUUGAAUUUGUAUAUUGCAUUUCAUACAUAUUUGUAUGUACACUCACACCAAAAACUUCUCAAACGCUAUAAACACUGCAAUCUGAAAAAUGAACGAAAAAUCUGAAAUCAUUCUGAGAGAUGACAAACUCCAUUCUGCUCUUCUCACAGUUGUUGAAGUUUUUGUUGACAGUGUACAGUAUUAGAUUUUUUAUUUUAUAAAUUUGUGUUUUUUAUGAAAAGUCAGCUCAAGUACAGGUAUCCCCAAAAUGCCUAGCUAAGAACACAUCUCCAUAAUACACUUUUUCCAGUGAAGAAAAUGGGUUGCAUUUUGUAAUUUUUCACAUUACAGUAUAUAGCAUUUUUCAGUAGCAGAACCCUUGCAAUAAGUGAGGACUUGAUCAUGAAGUCUGGGGAUGAAAUUAGACCUAUUAAAAAUAUGGGGCAUAAACUUUUUAUUAAAUAAAAUUCAUAACAGUUGAAAGAUAAAUAAGACAAUUUCAGCUUAAUCAAACAAGGGUGUAUGCAAGAUGUGCAUUGUGAUAGUUUGGCUGAUUGACUCACAUUGUUGGGUUGAAAAUGUAGUGUACUUGAUUCUCCAGGGUAUUUGAUACUUAGGUUCGGAAGGUUCAUUUUAUGAUAUACUGAAACCCACAAACUAAAAGAUCAUACUCAUAGAUAUACUGUACUGUAUAGUACUGUACUAACAUUCUUAUUUAAUUCUUUUUAUCUGUUGUGCAUUGUUAUAUUUUGUUACUGUAUAUGUCAUCCUUUACCAUGGUGUGCUGUUAAACAGUUUUCAUUUUUAUUUUAUUUAUUUUUCCAGUUAUCUGUUCUUGGUAUUAAUUGAAGCUUCGUUAAUUUAUGCGUGGAAAUAUCUUGGGUAGGAAACUAUGCCACUUAUACCACUGAUUAUCCUCAUUUUGUUAAAGUUUUGCAGAAAGUAUGGUAACGUCAGUUGUAAAUUAAAAAAAAAUACAGGCAUAUUUCUUUAUUUAAAACAAAAGUGCAGGUUUGUGGUAGUUUCUGAUAUUGGCUUCACUACCUUUUAUCUCCAUUUUCAUGUACUGUACUACUGAAAAUUCUAGUCAUAAUUAAGAUUAACAGUUUUUAUGUUGGUAAAGUUUUAGAGCUUUUAGGGUGUCUGUUGAUGCCUUCUCUCUCCAGGUUCAAGAGUACUUCAUCUAUAAUACUGAAAACAUAAAAAAAAAAUUCAUUCACAAUUGAAAUAUUGUACUGUAUUGUGUGGUAUAAUGGAAUCUCCAGACAGGAAGGAUUUUUGAAGACAUGAUAACCAGGAUUGUCUUGUACAUGUAGCUGAAAGCUCGGUGGGUUUGUGUACAUUAUUUUCCCAUAUGACACAAGCUGAUUGCCAUUACAUUUGUGUCAGAAAUGUGUCUUGCAUAUUGAGGUACAUUGUUGACAUCAAGAAUUCCUGUGAAAGUAGAGAUUGAGUGUGGCCUUGUAUAUUAUCAAAAAUAAUUUAUUAUUGGUGUAUUAUUUCAUAUUUAGUUAUGUACAGAGUAAAUUCCCAGUAUGACUGGGCACAAGUAAAUUACAAUUAUUCUGUUGUUUGUAUAUUAUGGUUUCUGUGCAUGAUUCAUCCUUUGGUCAGAUUGGUUUUCCUCAAAGGUUUGGUGUAAAUAAUUUUAAAAAUGUCAUGUAGAGAAUCAUGUUACAUAUUUGUACAUAUGUAAAGAGAGUAAUACUAUUUUAAAAGUUAAAA